CUGGAGCUGGAGGAGGAGGAGCAGGAGCAGGAGCAGGAGCAGGUGGUGUUUGUUGUACUCCGACAACUGCCCGUGGAGGCGCCUGUCCGUGCGGGCGCUGGGGACCCGCGGCGAGGCUGAGCGCGGGACGGGCGUUAUGGAGGGCGCGCUCCCUGCCCGGGGGCUCGCACGGCUGCUGCUGCUGGUGGUGCUCCUGCUGCGCUUUCCAACAGGUGAUACAGUACCUUCUAUUAAUCCGGAAAAACCUGUCUUCAUUCUGAAUAAGGGACAAAGCUUAAAACUGCUGUGCAAUGAUACUCUUCCAGUGAGUUGGGAUUUUAAAAACCCAAAGCCAUCAGCAAAAGAAAGGACUUCCGAUAAAAAGGAGUGGUACAUAACACAUGCAACAACUAAAGAUGUAGGCAAAUACACAUGCAAAAACAGUGAGAAUGUCAGUGCUUCCACUUAUGUUUUUGUUAAAGAUCCAGACAUCCUCUUUCUUGUUGACUCUCCCACCUAUGCCAAAGAGGACAGAGAGAUUCUUGUGGUGUGUCCAUUGACAGAUCCAGAUGUGUCAAAUUACACUCUGAAAAUGUGUGAUCGCCCAUGGCUGCCCAAGGGUAUGGAACUUGUUCCUGAUCCCCACAAAGGAAUCCUCAUAAAAACUGUACAGAGAUCAUUCAAAGGAUGCUACCGGUGCUCAGUACAGAAGAAUGGAAGUGAGAUAAUGUCUGAACCGAUUUCUCUGAAUGUAAGAGGAGUUCCCAAAGCCUCUCCAAAUGUCACUGUAUCCAAACAAACCCAGCUUCUGAAAGAAGGAGAAAAAUUUGAAGUUACAUGCACAAUAAAAGAUAUAGACAGCACUGUGAGUGCCUCUUGGACUCAGCCUUGGUUUCAUAGAAAUGGGAAUGUUUCAAGCAGAAGCAACAAUGUGGGUGAUUAUGGAUAUGUAAGGAAAUUAACAUUGAGCAUCAGUUCAGUGGGAGUUAAUGAUUUUGGAGUAUUCACAUGCCAAGCAGAAAAUGCUUUCGGAAAAUCCAAAGCCACAGUAACCUUGAAUGUUCUAGAUAAAGGAUUUGUCAGUUUGUCUACUCCGAACGAAACAACAUUAGUCAUAGAUGCUGGAAAAAAUCUAAAUUUAGUUGUUUAUUGUGAGGCAUAUCCAAAACCCGAAGAACAAGUGUGGAUGUAUAUGAAUGAAACAUUACAAAAUUCAUCUGAUCAUUCUGUCCGCUUCAAGGAUUUGGGCAAUAACAGCUAUGUGAAUGAGCUUCACCUUACCCGAUUAAAAGGAACAGAAGGAGGCAUGUACACAUUUCUUGCAUCCAAUUCUGAUGCCAACUCCUCUAUAACGUUUAGCGUCUACGUGAAAACAAAACCAGAGAUUCUUUCUUCAGACAGACUCAGUAAUGGCAUGCUCCAGUGUGUGGCAGCUGGCUUCCCAGCCCCUACAGUAGAGUGGUAUUUUUGUCCAGGAAUUGAGCAGAGGUGUUUUGAUCCACCAACUAUAACUUCAUUUGAUGCGAAGAUCAGUUCUAAAAACUCAUCGAGCCCAUCAUUUGGUUGGGUAGUAGUUGAAAGUACCAUUGAUGUCAGCUCAUUCAAAAACAAUGGCACUGUAUCAUGCAAGGCUUCCAAUGAUGUUGCAAGGAGUUCUGCAAACUAUUUCAACUUUGCAGUCAAAGAACAAACCAACACACAUACCCUUUUUACUCCUUUACUGAUAGGGUUUGGAGUAGGAGCAGGACUGAUGUGCAUCAUAGUAGUGAUUCUUGUGUACAAAUAUCUCCAGAAACCCAAAUAUGAAGUUCAGUGGAAAGUUGUGGAAGAAAUAAAUGGAAACAACUAUGUUUAUAUAGACCCAACACAGCUUCCUUAUGACCACAAGUGGGAAUUUCCUAGAAAUCGACUGAGUUUUGGUAAAACUCUUGGUGCUGGAGCUUUUGGAAAAGUCGUUGAGGCUACUGCAUAUGGCCUGUUUAAAUCUGAUGCUGCAAUGACAGUAGCAGUAAAAAUGCUCAAGCCAAGUGCCCAUUUAACGGAAAGAGAAGCCUUAAUGUCUGAAUUGAAAGUUCUGAGUUACCUUGGUAACCACAUUAAUAUCGUGAAUCUUCUUGGAGCUUGCACUAUUGGAGGUCCCACUCUGGUCAUUACAGAAUAUUGCUGCUAUGGUGAUCUUCUGAAUUUUCUGAGAAGAAAACGGGAUUCAUUUAUUUGCCCAAAGCAUGAUGAACAUGCAGAAACAGCAGUUUACAAGAACCUUCUGAAUAAGAAAGAGCCUUCCUGUGAUAUCAUCAAUGAAUACAUGGACAUGAAACCAGGAGUCUCUUAUGCAGUUCCACCAAAUGCUGAGAAAAAAAGAUCAAGGAAGUCAGGAGCAUAUAUUGAUCGUGAUGUUACCCUUGCUAUGCUGGAAGAUGAUGAACUGGCACUUGAUGUUGAAGAUCUGUUAAGUUUUUCUUACCAGGUAGCAAAGGGCAUGAGCUUCCUGGCCUCAAAAAAUUGCAUACACAGGGACUUGGCAGCAAGAAACAUUCUUCUCACUCAUGGUCGCAUCACAAAAAUUUGUGACUUUGGCCUUGCUAGAGAUAUCAGGAAUGACUCAAAUUAUGUGGUCAAAGGAAAUGCUCGACUACCAGUAAAGUGGAUGGCACCUGAAAGUAUUUUCAACUGUGUUUACACCUUUGAGAGCGAUGUCUGGUCGUAUGGAAUCUUACUUUGGGAACUGUUUUCUUUAGGAAGCAGCCCCUACCCUGGAAUGCCCGUGGACUCCAAGUUUUAUAAGAUGAUCAAGGAAGGAUACAGAAUGUUUAGUCCAGAAUGCACACCAGUUGAAAUGUAUGAGAUAAUGAAGAGUUGCUGGGAUGCUGAUCCUUUACAGCGACCAACAUUUAAGCAAAUUGUGCAGCUAAUUGAGCAGCAGCUAUCAGAUAAUACUAAUUGUGCUUACUCAAACCUUCCAGCAAAACUUGCCAAUCAAGGACAUCUUGCAGAUCACUCUGUGAGGAUUAAUUCUGUGGGUAGCAGUUCUUCAUCAACUCAGCCCCUCCUGGUACGUGAAGAUGCUUGAGAUGAAAUGGGGCAUCUGGAAAGAAAGUGUCCCAGAUGGCACAGCUGCUCUUAUUUUGAAGUGGAGGAAGACAAGUUUACUUUAAUCAUUUCUCUUCUUUCCUUACCACUGGAUAGUGGAAGUGUUGCUGUAAUACUGUACUUUACCACAUACCAUUGUACAUAAACUUAGUUCACCCAGCAUGGUUACAGCUAUUGUUGUAGCAUUGAAUGGAGCUGCAUGUAUUUUGCUGUUCUGUGUGUAUUUUGCAGAAGGGAACCAAAUUAAAAAAAGUCUGAAUCCUCAA